AUGGAGGGUCAGCCAGGUGCAGCCGCAGAAGACAGCGCGAAUGCUAUAAUUGCUACAUUGAAUGCGUUAAGGGCUUCCGUAGAAGAGCUUAGACAAAGCACUGCGGAGAGCCAAAGAGACAUAAUAAGGCUUCGCGAAGGCAUGCAACCACAGAAUAUUCCGGAGCAGGGCGUGCAGCCAGCACAGCGUGACAAUACUCAAGCCGUCGUAGCACCAACCGACUCGCAAGUAAAUCUUUAUGAUUUGCCUGUGUUCAGCGGCAAUGUCGAAGACUGGCCGCUAUUUUUCGCAAAUUUCAGCGACACCACGGAAACCUUUGGGUACAGCCACCGCCAAACCCUUAUGAGGUUGCAGAAAUGCUUAGUUGGUCCCGCCAAAGAAGCUGUCUCCGCCAUGCUAAUUUACCCGAGCAACGUGCCGAACGUCAUAAGCGAGUUGGAGUUCAGGUUCGGGCGACCAGACAUUUGGGUUAAAUUCCAAAUCAGUAAACUGCAGCAUUUCCCGCCAAUAGCCGACAAUAAGCCGGAGCAAAUUGUACCGUUUUCCUCGAGAGUGGGAAAUGUUGUUACAUUUCUUAAGUCUGCAAAUUGCCAGCAGCACUUAGCUAACGUAACAUUGUUAGAACAAAUGGUGGGUAAGUUACCGCAUAACCGACAGUUCGACUGGGCGAAGCAUGCUGCGACUAUACAACCGUAUCCAUCAGUUGAACAAUUUUCUGAGUGGCUUACCGAGUUGGCUAAAAUAAUUUGUCUUAUGCCGACGAUCAGCGCACAGAGUGGCAGGCAGUCAUCGGGCAAUCCUCGUCGGCUGAUGCAUAUUGAGCGGCCAAAGGACUCACUUACUUGCUAUCAGUGUAGUGGUAACCACAUGCUUCCACAGUGUGAUGCGUUUAAGGCAAGCAGUAUUCAAGAGCGGUGGGACCUGGUUAAGGCGCAACAGCUUUGCUUUUCGUGCCUACGCAAGGGGCAUUCCACACAAAAGUGUCGUGCAAGAAGGAGGUGUAACAUACGUGGCUGCCAACGCUAUCACAGCCAGCUACUCCACAACGAAGAUGCAACAAUGCAGAGGCUACGCCGAACUACACGAGAGGAUGUCAUUGCGCAGACACUUCUGAAUUGUCGAGAAACAGAAAGCGCACAUGGUCAACUGUUUAAAAUAUUCAACAUAUAUGGACCGAAAGGUAAGCGUGAGAUAUUAGCGAUGUUCGACGAGGGUUCGUCAAUUUCAAUAAUGGAAGAGGAAGUGGCCAAGAUGAUCGGAGCUCAGGUUUGCUUGCAUCCACUUACGCUGCAGUGGUAUGACAACAACGUUGUUACGGAACAAUCGCAUAAAAUAAGAAUUGAAGUUGAGAAUUGCGCGACGAAGAGGAAGUUUCUACUGAAGGAGGUAUAUACGGUUAAGAACCUGAACCUGCCAGAGCAGUCUAUGGCCAAGGAAAAUUUUCACCAUUUGAGAGAUUUUCCGAUAAAAAACUACUGUCGUGCGAAGCCAGUUUUGCUCAUCGGGCUAAAGCAUGCAUACCUGGGUGUGACCUCAGCAACAGUCCAAGCCAACAUCGACAGCCCGCUAGCUGUGAAAGAAUAUCAGCAAUUACACGAUUUAGUACACGAGUACUUCGCAGCAGACAGCUUUAGAGUCAACCCUCCAGCAGUUUCAUUUAAGUCAGAUGAAGACCAGCGAGCACGUGAGAUAUUGCGCCGAACAACUAAACGAGUAGGCAAGCAAUAUGAAACCGGUUUACUAUGGAGAACAUAUCCACCGAAGUUGCCAAACAGUAAAGCAAUGGCCGAAAAACGCUUACUGACAGUGGAGCGCCAAAUGAAGAACGAUGCCGAGUUUGGUACACGAUACAAACAAGAGAUGGCUAAGUACGUGAUCAAAGG